AUGGCAGCCUCCCCAGAGGUUUACAACUCCUUCACCAUAUCCUCCGGGUGCCUCUGUUUUGGUGGCCUGGAAGAUCUCUGGAAUGGUGCCUCCGUUCUUCCUCAACGUGGGUUCCCCGAAAUUCAGCCUCGUAAAAAGACUAUUCCACACAAUAUACCCGCGAGAAACGGAACCUGGAACGCCUAUCAUCUUGUCGAUGGUGAUGAGGUGGUCGCAUGGUUCAUAGCUCACUCCGACGUCAACCCAGAGAUGGAAGUCGACAAGCUCCUGCGUGUGUCGGGCUCGCCCUACGAGAAAGAUUUCGGGAGCAAGGUGAACACUGUCAAGACGGCCGCAGAGGGUGUCUUCGUCAUUAACCGCUACGGUUGGCGUCGGGACGGAAGCUUAGUUGACGAGGAGGAGUUCCCUAGAAUCGUCCGGGAAAAUGGAGACAUUGGGGAAGAUGGGGAAGACGAAAGCCUUUUUGGGACCGGGAUUUGGGUCAUGGACCACGCCGAGGCCAAAACACAGCUGCUUUGGUACAUACAGCAGCAGCCACCACGCCCGAAGUGGUUCAAAUGUGGUGCGUAUCUGCAUAUUCCUAAGGGGGAAUACGAUUUUGGUCGCUUUGGAUUUGACGACACGCAUACCGCCGCCCACUCGUUCCUCUUCUUCACUACCAAUACUGUUUUUCCGUCCACGAGGUUCGCGGGUCUUCAGAAAACAAUAAGAAUAGAUGAGACUGAAGAUCAGAGGAUGGCGCGCAAGGUGCGUCUCAGAGGCUUUGAUUCCAGUCUGUUGGCGUGA